UGAGCGCUGGAAGGGGCUGGGCUCUAUUGGGGGCCACAGAGCGCCGCUCCUGGACUGGGGCUCGGUGCGGGAGCCUAAGGGGGGCGUCUGGACGGCGGGGUCUAGAGACUCCUGGGACCGAGGCGGGAGGGGUGGGGGCAGAGAUCCCGCAGCCCCCCGCCCCCCGUCACCCCCGGAGAGGAGAGGAGAUCUGCUUUCUUGGUUUUGCUUCUUUUUCCCCCCACCCCCACCCUGGGGGCUGGGGCGAGGGGAGUCGGGUUACAGGGUGUUUGGGGAGGGGGGCUUAGGGGGAGGGUCUAUCUUUCUAUCUCGCUUUCUUCCCCCCUCCCCAGUUCUUUGUUCCCCCCUCCCCACACACCCCCCUCCUCUCCUCUCCCCUCCCCUCCUCUCUCCUCUUUUCCCUUCCACCACCUCUCUCUCUCUCUCUCUCUCUCCCUCUCUCUCUCUCCCCCAGCUUUUGUUUCGCCAUGCCUAGUCUAGUGGUAUCUGGAAUAAUGGAAAGAAAUGGGGGCUUUGGAGAACUAGGAUGUUUCGGGGGAAGCGCUAAGGACCGAGGGCUGCUGGAAGACGAGCGCGCCCUUCAGCUGGCUCUCGAUCAACUCUGCCUCCUGGGUUUGGGGGAGCCCCCCGCCCCCACGGCGGGCGAGGACGGGGGAGGUGGGGGGGGCGGCGCCCCCGCGCAGCCGGCCGCCCCCCCGCAGCCGGCCCCGCCGCCGCCGCCCGCGGCGCCCCCGGCCGCCCCGACGGCGGCCCCCGCGGCGCAGACGCCCCAACCCCCCACCGCCCCCAAAGGGGCCAGCGACGCCAAGCUCUGCGCUCUCUACAAAGAGGCCGAGCUGCGCCUGAAGGGCAGCAGCAACACCACCGAGUGUGUACCCGUGCCCACCUCCGAGCACGUGGCCGAGAUCGUGGGCAGGCAAGGCUGCAAGAUUAAGGCUCUGAGGGCCAAGACCAACACCUACAUCAAGACACCGGUGCGAGGCGAGGAGCCAGUGUUCAUGGUGACCGGGCGGCGGGAGGACGUGGCCACAGCGCGACGUGAAAUCAUCUCAGCAGCUGAGCACUUCUCCAUGAUCCGGGCCUCCCGCAACAAGUCGGGCGCCGCCUUUGGCGUGGCGCCUGCUCUGCCCGGCCAAGUGACUAUUCGUGUGCGGGUGCCCUACCGCGUGGUGGGGCUGGUGGUGGGCCCCAAGGGGGCAACCAUCAAACGCAUCCAGCAGCAGACCAACACGUACAUUAUCACGCCAAGCAGGGACAGAGACCCGGUGUUCGAGAUCACCGGUGCCCCGGGCAACGUGGAGCGUGCGCGCGAGGAGAUCGAGACGCACAUCGCGGUCCGCACAGGCAAGAUCCUCGAGUACAACAAUGAAAACGACUUCCUGGCUGGGAGCCCCGACGCCGCGCUUGAUAGCCGCUACUCCGAGGCCUGGCGGGUGCACCCGCCUGGCUGCAAGCCCCUCUCCACCUUCAGGCAGAACAGUCUGGGCUGCAUCGGCGAGUGUGGAGUGGACUCUGGUUUUGAGGCCCCGCGCCUGGGAGAGCAGGGAGGGGACUUUGGCUACGGCGGGUACCUGUUUCCCGGCUACGGCGUGGGCAAGCAGGACGUGUACUACGGGGUGGCGGAGACUAGCCCCCCUCUCUGGGCGGGCCAGGAGAACGCCACGCCCACCUCGGUGCUCUUCUCUUCCGCCUCUUCCUCCUCCUCCUCUUCCGCCAAGGCCCGCGCUGGGCCCCCGGGCGCGCACCGCUCUCCUUCCGCCUCUGCGGGGCCUGAGCUGGCAGGACUCCCUAGACGCCCGCCGGGAGAGCCGCUCCAGGGCUUCUCUAAACUUGGGGGGGGCGGCCUGCGGAGCCCCGGCGGCGGGCGGGAUUGCAUGGUGUGCUUCGAGAGUGAGGUGACUGCCGCACUCGUGCCCUGCGGACACAACCUGUUCUGCAUGGAGUGUGCAGUACGCAUCUGCGAGAGGACGGACCCGGAGUGUCCCGUCUGCCACAUCACAGCCACGCAAGCCAUCCGAAUAUUUUCCUAAGCCCCCUGCCCCUUGCCUCCUGGGGCCACCUCCCAGGGGCCCUUCUUGGAGCUGUGUUCCACUAGGGCCUUUUGGAAAUCAGUGAUUUGAGGGGCAAGGUGCUUAGAGAUACUCGCUCUCUGGGGAGGGGGUAGGGGAGGCGAUGGUGGCUGGAGGGUGGACCACUUUCAGAGCCUCUGGUCACCCUGUCCUGGAAAGGUUGGGAGGGGGCCAGGCCGGAAAUUUUACUAGAGUUACAACUCUGAUACCUCAACACACCCUUCAGUCUGGAAGCAGCUAAGAGAAACUUUUGUUUUGCCAGAGGUGGCCGCUAAGGUAUCCUGACCCUCUCUCCACCUACCCUUACGUGUGUCACACUACCCUUUCCUCUGUGGAGGGGAUGGGGAAAGGGAGAGGGAGAAUUACCAUCUGUAUCUAGAGGUGCUCUAACAAUCCCCAAGCCCUCUGGUCCUGACCUCUGACCUCCAACCACGACCCUUUAGACCCUCCACCGCCAUAUCCUGUUUGGGAAUCUGUUCCUGGGUUUCCAGCAGUAUAAGGGGGUUGGGGCCCUUUUGGAAGUCGGGAUAGAUUUUCUAAGGGGGAAGGGGAGGAAGUAUGUCAACCAAUAAAGGGCUCAGAACUCAUCUAUCCCCACAAAGCUGGGCUAGAGGAAUCUGGAGAGGGGGUGCUCCUCGGCCCCUUGCAGCUUUUCCCUCCACUCUCUCCUCCCCAUCUUUCUUCCCUUUGGGUUUUCCUCAUUCCUUUGUUCUCUCCCCCAACUCUCCUCUUUGCUUCCCCUUGCUGGCUGUCACAACCAGCCCUGUCUUGCUCUUGCUCUUUCUUCCCUUCUCCCCCCUCCCUCCUGCUCCUUCCAGCCCAGCUUUGGGGACACUAUCCCCCUGGGGAGAAGUAGGGGGAAGAACAAUUUGAUGGUCCCCCCUAAUUCCUCUUCGGACAUCCGGAGGCCCUCUCUCCUACUCCUCCAAAGAAACACCUCAAAUUCUUGAUGGAAUGUAUCCCCGUUCUCAGUGAAAAUUUGAGGAGGGGACCAAUACUGGGUUACAUAAAGGGUCAAACCUCCACCUUUAUCAUCUUGGGGCAUUACAUUUAGGGAACAGUUCUUGGGCUGGAUUUUCUGGUGGUGGGAGGGGGAGAGCCAGGGUAGUGUGUCUGCAGUUUUGAGCAGGAAAGGGCCUGAGGCCAUAGGAGAGGCUGCUGGGGCGAGGGGCUGCUCCUCCUCCCCAGCAGUGCCCCACUCCAUGCGCCCCUCUCUGGACCUGACCUGAACCCUUAUUAGCACGCUAAUCAUGAAGUCUCUGUCUCACUCAUUGUGGUUGAGGAGAGAGACCAGGUCUUCAGACAGGGGUCAAUCCAGAGCCAAGCAGGAUUGGGGUACAGCAGGGCCUGUUCUGAGAAUCAUGUAUGAUUUUAGGCCUUGCACCCCCUUUGCUGCUUCCCUACUGCUCAUCUGGGGCAGCCACCAGCCUCCUGCCCUCCUGGGUUCCGCUGGCCGGGCCAGGAGAGGAUGGGGGAUGGGAGUCCCACGGGGGUCCUAGGAGAUUCUUGUAUAUAGUAGGGUGGGACUCUUCUAAGUGAUCUCUGAGCACUUAAGCUCCGAAGUCCCAUUCUUCCUGGAUGGAGAGGGGGUGCAGGGAUGGGGGUACAGAGGGGAUUUCCUCCUCUCCUUCCUCCUGUUGUGAAUUAACUCACCUCUCCUCAGCCUUCCCCUCCAGACCACCAGCCAGGGAGGGGAGCGGAAGGAGGUCACAGCCAGGAAAACUGGCCUGUGACAACUUCCCUCCUUCCCGCCAAUAUAUGUGAGCCAUCCUGAGAUGUCUGUACAAUAGAAACCAAACCAAAUGGGCACCCCUCGGUCGCCGAGGCGGGGUGGGGAGGGGGGUGGGAAGAUGGGAUGUCUGUCUGUCGAUCCCCCUCCCCCUCUCCAUUCUACCCACAAAGGCAGAAGACUGUUACACUAGGGGGCUCGGAAAAUUCAAUCCCACUCUUACUAAUUGAGCCAAACCUAGAAACAAACGCAAAACACAUAGUGAGAGACAAGAUAGAGGAGAGAAAGAGAGCGUGAGAGGGAGUGAGAUAGGUGACCAACACAGAGGAGAGAAAACAAAAAUAGCAAAAAAAAAAAAAAAAAAAAAAAAAAAAAGCAGUUCUUUAUAAUUUAAUAUUCUAUUUUAAUAAAGGCGUUUAUUACCGUAUAAAUGUAGCAAAGA